AUUCAAAUGCUAUAAAAUGCAACACAAAACCAUUUGUACAACCCUCCCUCUCUACUAUAUUCUCCUUGACUCUCCUUCUCUUUCUAUUUUCAAAAUAGACAAACUAUGUGUCAUUUAACUUCUCAACCUCCUUCCAAAUGCAAUUCAAAAUCUGAAUAUCUAGUAGUUUCAAUCAAAGACACAAAAGAGUCCAACAACAACAACAACAUGAUGACCAAUCCACUUAUCCAAAAAGACAUAAACAUAGAAAAUCCAACAACACAAUUCCAAAAAACCCAUCUUAGAGCUACCUUCAAAGAAGUUAUUUCUAUAUCCAAAAUUGCUUUUCCCAUGAUUUUCACCGGUCUUUUACUCUAUUGUCGUUCAAUGAUCUCCAUGCUCUUUCUUGGUCACCUCGGCGAACUUGCCUUAGCCGGCGGUUCACUCGCGGUCGGCUUUGCGAACAUUACCGGUUACUCAAUCCUCUCCGGUCUCGCCGUUGGAAUGGAACCUAUUUGUGGACAAGCUUUUGGUGCAAAAAGAUUCACUCUCCUUGGUCUAUGUUUACAAAAAACCAUUCUCUUGCUACUCUUAACUUCUAUCCCUAUUUCAUUACUUUGGCUUUACACAAAACAUAUCCUUCUUUUAUGUGGCCAAGAAGAAGAUAUAGCUACACAAGCUCAAAUCUAUCUUCUAUAUUCCAUUCCUGAUCUCUUAGCACAAUCGUUUUUACACCCUUUAAGAAUUUACCUUAGAAGCCAAUCCAUUACUCUGCCUCUCACACUUUGUGCUACUUUAGCAAUUUUUCUUCACAUUCCCAUAAACUAUUUUCUUGUUUCUCACCUCAAUAUGGGAAUCAAAGGUGUAGCUUUAAGUGGGGUGUGGACAAAUUUCAACCUUGUUGCAUCUUUGAUACUUUACAUAGUUUUCUCUGGCACGCACAAGAAAACAUGGGGUGGUUUUUCAUCACAAUGUUUCAAACAAUGGAAAUCACUUCUUAAUUUAGCUGUACCAAGUUGUCUUUCUGUUUGCCUUGAAUGGUGGUGGUAUGAAAUCAUGAUUUUGUUAUGUGGUUUGUUGAUAAAUCCAAGAGCAACCGUUGCUUCUAUGGGAAUUUUGAUUCAAACUACUUCUUUGCUAUAUAUUUUUCCAUCAUCAAUAAGUUUUAGUGUUUCCACUAGAGUUGGUAACAAACUUGGUGCUCAAAAGCCAUCAAAAGCAAAACUUUCAGCAAUUGUAGGACUCACUUGUAGCUUCAUUUUAGGUGUGUUUGCUUUGGUUUUUGCUGUAAUGGUUAGAAACAUUUGGGCUAGCAUGUUCACUGAAGACAAAGAGAUAAUAAAAAUUACAUCUUUAGUGUUACCUUUAAUAGGGCUAUGUGAACUUGGAAAUUGUCCACAAACAACAGGUUGUGGGGUGUUAAGAGGAACAGCAAGGCCUAAAGUAGGUGCAAAUAUCAAUUUUGGUUGUUUUUACAUUGUUGGAAUGCCAGUGGCAAUUUGGUUAGCUUUUUAUGUUGGGUUUGAUUUUCAAGGUUUGUGGAUUGGGUUGCUUGUGGCUCAGGGAACUUGUGCUGUGACUAUGUUGGUUGUUUUGAGUCAAACAGAUUGGGAUUGUGAAGCACUAAGAGCUAAGAAAUUAACUGGAAUUGGAGAAGCAACAAAAACAAGUGAUGUUUUUAUUGAUGACAGCAAAGAAGUUGAUGAAGAGAAGUUACUUAAAGCUGAAAUUAAGGAAGAUUCUUCUUAAUCAUUUGCUGACUCAGAUUAUUAAGAUAAACAGUCACGGGUCUAACUUUGAUUAACUUUUUUUUUUUUUUUUUUUUUGUACCAAAAUAAAAAACAAGAGAGAGAUAUGUCUUUUAGGAAUUUGUCUUUAUUGAAAAGGGAGGGGAGGUGAGGGUAGAAACAGAGGAAUAGGAUUACUUUUUUCUAAUUUUGUAUAAUUUUAGAUCGAAAGAUUGGAAUGUCAAUGUGGAUGAAGGAAUUUAACUA